GCGCAUCUUUGCGUUCUGGCGGGGCUGCGCGCCCGAGAAGACACUGAGAGGCCAUCGGGCAGCUUCGCGCCCGUAAAGCUUUACCGGAUCCGAACAAGUGAAACACCAUCUCAGCCACCGUACUUGAAAGACGAAAGCGGACUAACAAGCAAGAUGAUGAUCAAUCCGAGACGGCAGUUGUGACGUCACCAGCCCGAUCGAUCAUGCGACAAGAAUCACGACGCUGGUCGACGGCGGAUCGAACGACGGACAAUUUGCGUGGUCAUUUGAAACGUCGUAUCUCCCUGUCAACAAAACUUUUCAGCACGCAUCUUGGCGAAGAUCGUGACCCGAAGUCACCAACGAGUCUUUUUGGCAAGAAAGUUACUAGGGAGCGGCGAGGUAACCGACCGGAGGAAUCGGAACAGAGGGUUCGCAUGUUGAUGUCAGCAGAGAUGUAUGACCGAAUCACGCGCGCCCAGAAGCAGGAGCGUGAUCAUGAUUCAAUGGUGAAUCAAUUCAAGCUGCGCACGACACCCACUGGCCUUCAGGGCGACUCGAUGUGGAUCAACUUCGCUUUGAGCUCACCUCAAGGACUAGGCAUGCUGGCACCGCGAAAGCGUUGGUCCCCAAAUGGUUGGUCCCACGCAGCUAGGGUCGCUCUUUUGCUGACAACGCUUGGUCAAGAACGUGACCUUUUGACUCAAUACCAAAAUCAAAAUAUGGCACAUAUUGUGGCACGCCUACGUGAGCAACAAAUCCUGGACUUCAUGAAGACAACGUGUUCGAUCCUAGUCCUGACGAUUGCCGACUACUACCAGAUCGCGGCCGAGCUUGCAGAACUCAGAUCUCUUCUUGAGAAUUUCUUGCAGCGGUCCAAUGCAAAUUUCGAGAUGCAUAGUCAGCACGAGAUACUUUUCCCGUUCAACUCGCUCGAAUCGCUCAAGGUUCAGUUGAAAAAGCUCCAGGCUGCAGAGGUUUCAGACGGCUGGCACGCCUGUGUUAAAAAAUGCGUUGCUCAGAAUUUGCGAACAAUGAACAGUAGUAAUGAUCGAUCGCUUGACGCUAUGGUUGACCAACAGCAGUUUGUUCAGCCCUUUCAACCUGAGGGUCCUGGCAUGCUGGCUUGGGAGAUGUUUAUUCUCAUUCUGCUCUAUUGCCAGUUCCUGAUGGUGCCGUUUCUGCUUUCAUAUCCAAUGCAGCGACGUGAGGUCUUCUUUGACCUCAUCGCAGAGACUUUUCUUUUUCUCGACAUCCUGGUUCACUUCAAUCUGGCCUAUUUUGCGGCACCUCGAGAUUCGACGGAAAGAUUUUCAACUGAUUUUAUGCCUGAUGGAACCACACGACCAUCGAUCAAGAAAACGCCAAUCCUUGUUCUAGAUCGGAGGCUCAUUGCAUUGCAUUACGUCUCGGGCCAUUCGUUUUAUCUCGAUAUUAUAUCAGCUUCUCCUAUCAUUAUAUCGAUAUCCGCAAUUUUUGACGGCAAAUCAGUCUACAAAUAUGCUUCUGUGAAGCUCCUUAAGUACGUUCGCAUGUUUGACAAAGAGCGAAUGACGAGCGUCACUCGGAAAGUGCCAGGCCUCGUGUUCCAGCAACAUGCGCGGCAAUCUAGCCGAUACACAUCACUCCUGAAGCUUGCCAGCUUGCUUUCAAUUAUUGCAAUUACCAUGCACAUACUUGCCUGUGUCUGGCAUCUCAUCACACCGCAACAUCACUGGGAGCUCCGAUAUAAUCAACACAAUGACACAGCUGCUUUCCUAUCGUACUCAAAACUUCAACGGCGAAAGCUCUAUCUCAUGUCCUAUUAUGAGUCUAUUCUCAUUCUCAUGGGUGAGCAAAUUAAUAUGUCUCAGAUCAAGGAAUAUGUUUUUGCGAUCAUCUCGACUGUUCUUUUCUCAUUCCUCCUAGCCAUCAUCUUUGGUGAAGUCGCGAUGUUCAUUGCCAACUUUAACGAGCUCCCUUUCGCGUACUCCCAGAAGAUGUCCGAGUUACACGAGAGCAUGAGCACGAAGUCGCUCCCCCGUGUUCUCCAGGACCGCGUCUAUGCCUUCUACGACUUUUUAUGGAGAGAGCACAAGACACUGAAUGGCAGGCUUAAAGUUGCCGAAUUUCUCCCAGAACUCACAUCAAACCUGGCCAUCGAGGUGCGUCUGUUCUGGUGCAAGGACAUGCUCCUGAAUGUGCCCUUCUUCCAGCUUUUCCCCCCACCAAUUGUCCAGCAGCUUGUUGUGACCGUUGAUAUAAAUUUUUACAUGCCUGAUGAUUAUAUAGUAGUGGCAGGUGGGAUCGGCCAUGAAAUGUUCUUUCUGAAGAAGGGGAAAGUCGAUAUCUUUCGUGUCGACGAGACAGAAAUAGAAAUAUCUGAUGAUUUUGCGGUUCCAAAACCUGCAAGUGGUGUUAACGGCCACGCGGUCAUAGAAGAGCAAAGGCGCAAUCCUGGCCGCAGUUUCAUAAACUCUGCAAAAUCGACGACACGCUCAAUAUCAACUGGUGUCAAAAAUGCCGCCCUUCAGGGUGUUAGUACAGUAAAACAGGCAAUGCCUGCGCGAAAACGUGGAGCUUCUGCUCUUGAGGUAGAACCACCAAUUCAUACUCCACCCGAGAGGCAAUUCAAGUGUUACACGGCCAGUGAGAUGAGAUGUCUCCCAACAGAACUCCAAAUGAAUGUGACCGCUGCGAGGCUUUCGGUAGAAAAAUCUGUUCGGGUCCGUCGCAUGCAGCGCGAGCAGAUCCUCAGGACACUCAAACCUGGCGAUUUCUUCGGUGAGAUUGCGCUCAUAAGCCAGUGCCCAAGAACUGCCACAGUCAAAGCUCGGUCUUUCAUAGAAUGCGCCAUCAUCCUCCGCAAAAAUAUUGAAAACAUGCUCCUCGAUUAUCCGCAUAAGCAUGCAAAAACGCUGGCCAUCAUCAAGGCUCGCUACAAGGCAGGAGAAAAACUUCAACUGGACCAACACAGAUCUAAUGCUGCGAUCGCAAGCUACAGCGAUCACAAGAGAGCAAAAGCCUCGGUGCUGAAGCUAAACAUGAGUAAUUCGAACAGUACAACGAUGGGCUCGGGGAUUACCUGCGGGGUCGGGGGCUGCUCCAAAGUCCACAUUGACGUUUGCAACCAGCUCACGCAGGUUGAAGCCUCCACACAGGGUCUCGGGGGCAGGGUCAUACGCCUCAUUGAUGCUAAAUUAAGCAGGAAGUCUAGCCAGAUUGCGCGAUCCGGAGGACGACCCACUCACGUAUUCGCCCAGUCCUGCGGGGACUUUGGCACACGCCAGGGGUUCCCACCAAUUUUGUGGACGUCACUGCACGGGCUGCGCCAAAAACAACGUGGCCGGCGUAAUUUACGUGAGACACGUGGUACGUGGUACUUUUUUUUUACUCAAUUUUUUUCUAGUCUUGUCAAAGGAUUCCUAGGGGCACUAGCGCGGACCCUCAGCCUGGAUAACACCAAGGCAGCCCUCGCUAGAUGUGAGAUAAGGAAAAAGGGAUGA